AUGCCCAAGAGGAAGGUCAGCUCCGCCAAGGGGGCAGCGAAGGAGGAGCCCAAGAGGAGAUCGGCAAGGUUGUCAGCUAAACCGGCUCCUGCAAAAGUGGAAAGGAAGCCAAAAAAGGCAGCAGGAAAGGAUAAACCUUCCGACAAAAAAGUGCAAACGAAAGGGAAAAGGGGGGCUUCCCUGAUGGCUCAGGGAGCAAAGGGAAAACAGGCUGAAGUGGCUAACGAAGAGACUAAAGAAGACUUACCUGCAGAAAAUGGAGAUACUAAAAAUGAGGAGAGCCCAGCUUCUGAUGAAGCAGGAGAGAAAGAAGCCAAGUCUGAUUAA